UCUUGGGUCAAAUGAGUAAAAGGAAGACACCAGCAAUGGUCGACCGGUUUGGACGUCGACUUUCUCAAGCGUUUGCUGAGACUGCUCAGGGAGAUGUAUACUUUUUUACCCGAUCGGGGUUUUGAUGGUACUGCAUUUCCAGCUACUUCAGUAUGGGGAGGCUGGGAGUAUCCUGCCCUCACAAGGAACCCACGAGUAACCAAAAUCAUCCAAGUGGAUACAUUCAAGGAGGGGGGAUCUAGGCCAUACAAUCUGGACUCCUGACAAGGGCCCAUCCCCUAUCGCUCCGAAAUCGAGGAAUGUGGCCUAAAGAAUGACUGGACGGAUAUAGAGGAAGCGUCACUUCCCAACAGUUGUCGUCACAGCAAUGGUUGACUACCCUUUUGCUUGAUUUUAUUCCUGGUAUAUUUGCUGCCUGCCCAGCUUCCCUGCACCGGGCUGAC